AUGUCGAAAUUUAAAAGCAAGAAUUUGCUAUAAAUAAAGUCACGCAAUAGGGCUCUUUAUUCUUUAUUCCUGAUAGCCAUUUUAUAUUUGCCUACCAUACAAGCUUUCUAUAAAUCUAGAAUCAGUGCUGAUGAAACUGUACCUUCUGAAUUUCCUUCUUUUAGCAUCAAAUUAAAAUUUGUAACACAGCACUUUGCUCCUGUUUAAAAUUGCUCAAUAAAAAUUACAGUCGACUCUGAUGCUUAUGAAGCGACUCACGAUGUGAAUGGUUUAGUUGCACUGAAAGGAUCUUUUAAGAGAUAGGUCACAGAUGAUACAGUUCCAGUUCAAAUAGAAAUCUCAUCUGGUUAAGGCGAAAACAUUCUAGCAAAUACUAUCACCAAAGACUUAACUAAAAGUGCUACAAAUGCAAACGAAUAUGACUUAAACGAUCAAAUUAUUUACCAUCCUAACAUUCCAAAAGAAGCUCAUUUGAAGGGUACAGUUUAGAAUGAAGAAGGUCAAGGCAUAGCUAAUGCAAAAUUAUCAAUUUCAAUUGAUUAUCCUGUUUUCUAAGAUUUUUUGACUGUCUACACAGGAGAUAAUGGUUAAUUUGAUGUUGUAAUGUACUUAGAAUAGCUUAACCCAAUUUAUGGUAAUCUUUCAAUUGAUGCUGAUGGGUACUUACCUUGGAAUAUUAAGAAAGACACUGAAUAUACUUAAGGUUUUUACAUAGUUGAUCAUUUAUAUUUCGAAUUUGAUAAGCCUAUUGUUCUCAAGAAGGGAAGCGUUAAUCUAAAUUUAGAAGUUGAUGUUGUCGAGCACUCUACUAAUAAACCUUACAGUGGCUCCGCAGUUAAUGUUUCUUGCUAAAGUGGUAGCAACUCUUAACAUGUUAAGUAAUAUUAGCUGGGAACUACAGGUGACGAUGGAAAACUUAAUUUCUAAGAUUCAACAGAAUUCAAUCAAGAAGAAAAAAUUAUUUGUGUGAUAACAGCUUCUCCUGCAGUAAAUUCAAAUAAUUUAUAUGGAAGCACCGCCACAGUUAAUUUCCUUCGCCAAAACUAAUUUAAAGUUGAUCCUGUGAUUGUAUACAUCACCACUGAACCAAUAAAAGGAACUAUAACUGGUAUUUUUCAAAGCUCUAUCGACAAUUCUGCCAUACCAAAUCUCUUGGUUUCAUUUGCCUAAACUAGUGCAGUAAAGGCUUUGGCAGAUCCAGUUCAAACUGACAGUAAUGGUAAAUUCACCAUUUUAGUAACUGGUUUCAAAAACGAAGGAAAAUACGAAGGUUCAAUAGUUUACACUUCUGAUAUCUAUGAUCCUGGUUUUAAUUAUCCCUUAAAAAUUACUGAAGAUAAAUUCUAUUCAGAAGAUGUAGGCAUACUAAAAGCAACUUUAAAACCUGUUCCUGUUACUAUAAAUGUCACUGGUACUUUCCUUGAAAAAACUUUGAAAACUCCACUUCCAGAAUACGAUAUUGUCAUCACCAUUUCUUACUCCAGCAAUAAAAAUACUGACACUAUUCCUUUGAAAACUGAUAGCUAAGGUUUUUUCUCUCACCAAUUCUAAGGAUAAAAUACAGAAAAUUAUGUGAUUACUAUUGCAAGUUAAGCAUCAGAAGAGUUUUAAGAAUUGAGUUUGAAGAGAGAAUUAGGUCCUAAUAAGGCUAGCUUAUUCGAUGCAGACUUUAAAUAGGUGCAAGUAUCUAGAGUUCAAACUUAUGGUUUAAUUAUAGGCUAUCUUUAUGAUAUAAAUACCAAUAAGCCUUUGACAGAAGGUAGAAUAUCAGUUAUUGCUGAUAAGCCUUUCCCAGAACAAAAUAUGAAAUGUGCAUUUAAGGAUAAUGGAAACUUUAGAUGUGAUUUCGUUGUUGAAAAGUAUUUGACUUACGAUUCUUAAAUUCAAAUAGACACUGACUAUGGCAUGAGUGCUAAAACUGAUGUAGGAUAAUUAAAUAGAUAAAAUAACUACACAAUAACUGGCCUUAAAAGUGGUGUUAAAUUUGAAAUUAUACCCUAGUAAGGUUUAAUUUCUGGUACUCUCUACAACGGUGAAACUAACUAGGUUAUUACUGAAGGUAGUUAUACAAUUACUUCUAUUGAUCCAGCUAUUGAAAAUUAAGAUACUUUAGUUAACAAAGCAGUUAAUGUAAAUAGUGAUGGUACUUUCAAAAUAUAAUUGAACCUCCAUCUAGGACCUUCAUAUACUAUUAAAGUUAAAUUUGCCUCUGGAGCUCUUCCUGCUAGCGAUUAAGUGUUUUCACUUAAUUAUAAAAAUAAGUAUACUUUGGAAAACCUAUAAAUUAAUCUUGGAAUGCAAUUAAAUGGAUUAUUCAGUGGUUCAGUCAUUACUAAGCAAUUUAUACCUGUCUAGAAUGCUAUUAUUAAAGUUUUCAUUGAUAAUAUCCCCAAUCCAUUCACAGGUUCAACAGAUCUAAAGGGUCAAUUUACUAUCAAAGUACCUUCACCAACUACUUAAGAUGUUCUCAACGCCAAAAUAACAGUCGACAAAGAGAAAUUCAAAUAGUAUAGCGACACUGUUUAAUUUACUAAAGAAAACUCAUUUUAAGUAACAAAUUAUAAAAUCACAUUAGCAGGUGAUUGGUGGAAAUCUUCAUUUACAGGAAAAAUUAUCGAUGAAAAUAAUUUACCUGUUCCUUUCUGCUCACUCUCUCUUGUUUUGAAAGACAGUUUCAAAGAACCAACUACACCUUUACCUUAUACUACAGUUAGUGUCUUAUCAGGAGAUUACUUGUUUUCAAUAGAUGUAAAUUAUGAUGAUGAUUAUAUGAGUUAUCUAUCUAUCAAGUGUAAUAACUUUAUUGAUAGAAUAGAACCCAUUAAGUUAGGAAACUAAAACCAAUACAAGAUUGAAAACAGAAUAUCAAAAAUGGAAAGAAAACUGAUUAUGCUCUAAUUUUCAGGCUCUGUUCUAAAUUCGAUUAGUGAACCUGUUGCUGGAGUUUCUAUUCAGCUAACCUUUGACUAUGAGUCUCAUACUCAUGGAAUCCAUGAUAUGGGUGAAGGAUUCAAUAGAAAUGGUAGUUUUGACUUUAGAUAAAAAGUAAUGAUGGGUUAUAAUUAUAAAGCAAAUGUCUAAAUAUAGCUCCCUAAAGAGGCUAUUGAUGCUGACUACUAAACUUAUAGCUUUGAUUUACAAUUUAACGAUAGCAAUAAUUAUAAGGUUCAUAAAGAAAUAGAAAUUAAGAAGUCCCUUACUGACUGCUUGAUUAGUGGUGUCAUUUUAGAUGCAGAAACUAAAGCUCCUCUUCCAAGCGCUUAAGCUAUUCUCCACUUCACUUAAACUGAUUUCUCAGAUUAUACUUUAUUUGUCUACACAAAUGAAUAGGGUCAAUUUGAAAUCAAGACUUAAAUUUAAGAAGGCUUCUUUUAUGUUGCUAAAGCUGAAGGAAAAAAACAAAACUAUAAAGAUAAUUCAGUUGAUAUUAUUUUAUCUGUUGAAAAUAAAUUUACCAUUACUGGUAUUCAAAUUCUUUUAAAUAAAGCAGCUGAAACUGAUUAUACUAAUGGAUUUAUCCACGGUCAUGGAUUAUCUAUUACUGGAGAUCCUAUCGCUUAAAGCAAUGUUGUAGCUUAUUCAGAAGUAGAACCAUCAAUUAAAUUCUAAGCAACUACAGACGCUAAUGGAUUCUUUGCAUUGCCAGAUUUAAGAUUAGUAACAGGUAAUGUCUAUGCUUUUGUUAUAGAACUGCAACCAGCUGAUGCUAACUUUGAUAAAAAGUAGCGCAGAAUUCACCUUUCUGUCAACGAUAACUACCAGUACAAUAAUUUGACUUUAGCAGCUGAAAGAUUGAGGGUCAAAUACACAAUUAAAGGAAAAAUCAAUGAUAAAAACUCUGGUUUAGUUUUAGGAGGCACAUAUAUCACAGUUUCAUUUAUUAGUUAAAGGUUUAUCGAUAAUUCAUAUACUUAUUCCAACCAAGAAGGUGAAUUCACUCUAACUGGAACGGUUGCCAAAGGACUUAAUUACGAUGGUAAGCUUGUCUUUAUCCAUGCUGGUUAUGAAACUUUGACUCCAUAAAUUACCCUUCAAUAUGAUGCAAAUGCUGCAUCUAACGAUGAUUUUUAUUUAAAGAGUGAUGCAAAUUUCUAAUUAGCUAUGAAUCCUUUCUAGAAAUUGUACUAUGUUGAUGAAAGAAAUACUAUCCCUAUCAAAUCUAAGGUCUAUGAAAAAACAACUUGCAAACUCUACCCUAAUAAGUAUUUACCAUUCGUUAAAGUUUCUCUUUAUUUCGAAGGCUAGUAAGGAUAGGAUGGCACAUUGAUAGCUUAAACCUAUACUGAUUUAAAAGGUAACUUUGUUAUAUAUGCUCCAAGACCUCUCUUCUCUGACUUGUAAUCCUAUCUAGUUUUCGAAAGAAAUGGGUAUAAUCAAUUAAAAGAAUUCUAAAGAAUUACACCCAAUGCUUACUACAUUGAAUAAGGACCACAAUAAAUUAGCAAUAAAUCAGGAGUAUCUGACUGCUCUAAAAAGCAAAGGAAAAUAUAAAAUAAAUAUGAUAAAGUUUGA